AUAGAACAAAUUGUGAGUUGGCGCGUGGCUCUCACUCUGGUGUGUGUCCCUACCGGAGAAGAAGAAGAGAAGCUGAAAGAUAAGGAAGCCAAACUCAGCAAAACAAUUAACAAGGGACUCGUCUUUCCCCUCUACCAAUGGCUACUUCCGUUAACAGUGUUCUUGGGUGGAAAUAUUCCUCCUUUUUUUCACAAUCCAAUGCCUUCAACGUGGUUUCGCCUCCUUUCAAACCCCCAAACUCCAAGUUUUCUCCCACUUGCUCUGCCGCCUCCUCUUCCUCUGAUCCACUAUUGGUUAAGGCUGCCCGGGGAGACCCUGUUGGUCGUCCUCCAGCAUGGAUGAUGCGACAGGCAGGAAGGUACAUGGCUGUUUACAAAAAGCUUGCUGAGAAAUAUCCAUCCUUCAGAGAGAGGUCAGAGACAACUGACCUCAUUGUGGAAAUUUCUUUGCAGCCUUGGAAAGCUUUCAGGCCUGAUGGAGUCAUUAUCUUCUCGGACAUUCUUACACCACUUCCUGCAUUUGGAGUUGAUUUUGACAUAGAAGACAUAAGGGGACCUGUUAUACAUUCCCCCAUUCGUUCUGAAGAGGGAUUAAAAACUUUGCAUCCAAUUGACCUUGACAAGCUUAGAUUUGUUGGGGAAUCACUUAAGAUACUGCGCCAAGAGGUUGGUGGUCAUGCUGCUGUUUUGGGUUUUGUGGGAGCUCCUUGGACAAUAGCAACAUACAUUGUGGAAGGGGGUACAACACGCACAUAUACAACCAUUAAGAGCAUGUGCCACACUGCUCCACAUGUAUUGAAGACUUUGCUUUCUCAUUUGACGCAGGCAAUAGCUGAUUAUGUUAUUUUCCAAGUGGAAUCUGGGGCUCACUGCAUACAAAUAUUUGACUCAUGGGGUGGACAACUACCACCUGAUAUGUGGGAACGGUGGUCAAAGCCCUAUAUUAAAGAGAUUGUACAUUUGGUCAAGAAAAAAUGCCCUGAGGUACCAAUUGUUCUUUAUAUAAAUGGAAAUGGUGGCCUUCUGGAGCGUAUGAAAGACACUGGAGUUGAUGUUAUAGGGCUAGACUGGACAGUGGAUAUGGCAGAUGGGAGAAGAAGAUUGGGUAGUGGGAUUGGUGUGCAGGGAAAUGUGGACCCUGCCUACUUAUUCUCCCCUCUUGCUGCCCUGACUGAAGAAAUUCAGAGGGUUGUGAGGUGUGCGGGGCCCAGACGGCACAUCCUUAAUCUAGGGCAUGGUGUUCUUGUUGGCACACCUGAAGAAGCUGUUGCACAUUUCUUUGAAGUAGCUAGGAGCUUGCAGUUUGACACAUUUUUUCAAAACAAUGCUGCAAAAGACCCUAAUCUAGUAGCAUAAGCUCAAUAGCUCAAGUGUUGCUAUUUGUUUAUUGUAUUGGAGCUAUUUCAAGCUCUUUUCCAAAUGAAGGGUGUAGGUUAGUCCUUUCUUUGUCUUAUGCUGCUAUGAUAUGAUCAAAAGUCUGAGCAUUUGCACAUUUCUGUAUCGGCUUAACUAGAUGAAGUUGUGAUUUGACAUUCUAAUGUAUUUAUAAUUGAUUUGAUAAACUAACAUUAGUAUUCCUUCCAGCUGCAUAA